GUGAAAUAUUUAAUAAUUUACUGAUGGACUAUAAAAUUUACCUGUUAUUCAAUUGUUCAUUCUUUUCAAUUUAGUUGAUACUAAUCGUUUAGUCUACAGUCUCGUUGGAGCCCAUGACUCUAGUUUCAGUAUUGAAUCACACACUGGCUUAUUAAGAGUCAGUCGACCAUUGGAUCGUGAAGUUAAAAGUGUUCAUACUCUAACUGUUAUAGUAACAGACGGAUCACAUCAACAUUCUAGUGCAGGCGAACAGUCUACUUCAUUCACAUCGAGUGCAACAUUUACUAUAAAAUUACUUGAUGUCAAUGAUUCACCUCCUCAAUUUGUGAACACAUCUGCUCAUCGGAUAAAAAUAUCAGAACUGGCGCCUAUAGGUGAAAGGCUAACUCGCCUCAAGGCGAUUAGCCAAGAUGAAGGUGAUAAUGCUGUGAUACAUUAUCGUUUGCUUACUAAACAACCGGAAUUUGGUUUAAAUGAAACAACUGGUGAUUUAUGGCUUCAGAAACCAUUGGAUUAUGAACAAACAUCAGCAUACUUUCUAACUAUCGAAGCACGUGAUCGUGGUCAGCCUCCAUUGAGUAGUACAGCUGUGUUAACUGUUCAAGUGGACGAUGCUAAUGAUAAUCAGCCACAAUUUUUGGGUAGACAACGUAUUCCAGAAAAUAUUGGUUUGAAUAACCUGGAUGGUCUGACGUCCAUUGAUUCAAAUUUUUAUGAAUAUUACUAUUCAUUCAGUGUAGUGGAGAAUAGUCGUAAUGGUACUGUUGUUGGCAAGCUGAAUGCAAUCGAUCCAGAUAGCGGUGAUAACGGUCGUGUAAGCUUUCAUCUGAGCGGAAAUAUUGAUUUCUCUACUUUAUUUAAAACCUAUCAACAGGAUUCAGAAAACAUAGAAUUUUUAACAGUUGCUGAAGCUAAGACACGUUUUAGUUUAGACUCAGAAUCUGGCCGGUUAAUACUAAUCUUUCAACCUGAUCGUGAAGCAGUCAGUGGUUAUUGGUUAAUGGUACAAGUUGAAGAUCAUGGAAAACCAAUUCCUUUGUCUAGCCUAACAUUAGUUUAUGUGGAAAUAUUGGAUAUCAAUGAUUGUGCACCGACAUUUGAAAAGUCUAACUAUGAAUUUUAUGUUGAAGUUGAUCGUUCCGGUAAUAUAAGUUCAUGUUCUGAGAAACAAAAUUCAUAUGAAAAUAAUUGUCAGUCUACUACCGGUAGCAGUGGGAAUGUUCUCAUUGGUCGGCUCAAGUUGACAGAUUCUGAUGCCCAUCCAAAUUCUGGUCCAUUUACAUGUCACUUAGCUAAUUCUGGUAUUAUCCAAACUGUUCUACAUGAUUCAUUAUCAUCAUCAAGAUCAAGUGCUACAUCACUCAUUACUUCUACUACUGGUAGUAGUAGUAGUACCAGUCUAUUUUCUGUUCGAUCUACAGAAGUGAGAAUUCAUACAUCUAAUUCAAAUAAAAAUGAUCAUCUCAACAAUCAGACAGAUUUUAGUAGAGGAGAAUGUUUACUCUAUGCUAUUGACAAAUUACCUGUUGGUAGUCAAAGUUUAGUGAUCCGAGCCAAUGAUAAUGGUUUAACUGCACUACAUACAACAACUACGGUCACUGUUCGUAUCAUCCGGAUGUCUAAUCUACCACCAGAGAUUGUCAAUACAAAUUCUACAUUGAUUUAUUAUCGUAGUUUACACGAUUGGAAUGAGAAUUAUUUUCAUGAGUCAUCUUCGAAACAAGAUAUCUCUGAGCAAAUUUCUGAUAAAACUAUAUGUCGUAUAACAGUAAAAGACCGUACAGCACAUGAUCGGUUAUUUUUUGAAUUAUUAAAAGAUAACACAUCCAUGUCAAAUUUAUUCUCUGUCGACCAAUAUGACGGAACUAUACGUCCUGCUAUGAAAAUAUCUUCUAAUUCCGAUACAAGUCGCUCUAAUCUAUAUGAUACAUCAACUUCUUCACGUAAACCUAUAUUGAACCGAUUUCAUAAUUCGCUAAUUCAUCUUGACUCUGGCAAUUAUCCAUUGCGUGUACGUGUUACAAAUGGUACGCUUACUUCUGAAGCAACAAUGCAUAUUAAAGUGAUAGCGAUAACUGAAGAAAUGCUUGACUCAUCGUUGGUAAUUCGAAUUUCAAAUCUACUACCAAAUUUAUUUUAUAUGGAAAAUUAUAAUACUGUUUUACAAAAUCAUUUAUCUAAUCUACUUUUAGAGUCAAGUUCAUCGUAUUUUUCACCAUCCAGUUCAACAAUCUUAUCACCAAAGAAUAAUUCAUCACAAGAUGAGAAUGUUUAUAUUCUUUCUGUACAAGAAACAGAUUUUCCGAAUCGUCUUAAUUCUUUGUCAUCUUCAUCUAAUGUUUAUCAUCAGAAAAAUGCAUUUAUGGAUUCACACCGUAACAAACGUAGUAUUGAUAGAGCUGUUGAUAUACUGAUCGCAGUAUAUGAUCCUAAAGAAAGAGAAUUUAUUAAACCAUUUAAAAUCGCUCAAGCUAUCAAUGGAAUAGCUGAUAGUUUAUCUGUGGAAUUCGGAGGAGAAAUUGAAGCUGUCCAUGAUGUUUGUACACCACAGUUUUGCCCUCACGGUCGUUGUCAUACAAAAGUUAGUAUUGAUCCGAAUGGUCUCAUGAAUCGUAUUGAAGUGCAUCGUGUAAAUCAAGUAUCACCUCGAUUUGUGCUAUCGCCUGUUUGCCAAUGUCCGAUACAUUUUACUGGUUUACUUUGCAAUACACCGACUGAUGCUUGUGCACUGGCCAAUUGUCCUGCCUCUCGAUUAUGUAUUCCACAUGGUUUAAAUGACUAUUCGUGUAUUUGUCCACCGCCCCGCACCGGUCCCAAUUGUGAAUCACUUUUAAUUUACGGUGAUGGUAGGGAUGAUUGCCAUUCGGAAUCGUGUUUUAAUCAAAGAGAAAAUGGACCAUUACAGUUUACUGGUGGGACAUUUAUUCAUUGGGAAUUUGUAAAUCCUAAUCCAUUUUUUAUGGAGUUGAAAUUUUCUUUUCGAACUCGACAAACAAAUGGACCUUUAGUAUUUAUACGUUGGUCAUCAUUAAGAACUUUUCAAAUAAGAUUAACGGAUGGUGGACAUUUGGUGAUUUCUGCUUCUGGUUUAUCUAAUGGUUUACCAAUAACUGAUUGGUUAGUAUCUAAUGUAUCAAUCGCCGAUGGUCACUGGCACCGUGUACGAUUUGUUUUGACAGUGUUAAAUUCCAAUAAAGCAACCCAUGUUGAUGCCUUAUUUCAUGAUGCAUUAAUAGAAGAUUCAAAAAUGAAAUUAAAUUCUUGGAAUUCCAAUUCAGAUUGGUGGGUUGAACUAACUGUCAAUGGAAUCAAUCCUCAAUCUGCUUCAAUCAACUGGAGUCCAGGUGAUUCAUAUCAACAAGGAAUUCUAGUUGGAGCAGAUCUAGUACAUGGAUUUCGUCCUUUGAGUGAACCGUACAAAUUAACAACUAUCAACACAGCUCCCAAAAGUAAUUCAUUUCUUAAUUCAACAAACUCAUCGCCGAUUAUCUUCCGAUCUGGAAUUGUUGGCUGUUUUCGUGAUUUUACUAUUAAUCAUAUCAAACCACCUUAUCAAAUCAAUUUGGCUCCUAAACACUCUGAAAGUUUUCGUGGUUUCUCUUCAAACCCAUCUGUAUUAAUUGUAAGGACACAUAAAUUAGAUUACGGUUGUCAACCUAUUAUGACAAUAUCUGGAUCUUGUGCAUCUGGGCCGUGUUUACAUGGUGGAACUUGUGUAACUGGUUCAAAACAAUCAUCUAGCAGUUCAUCUUAUAUAUGCGAUUGCCCUUCAUUAUUUCAUGGGAGACAUUGUGAACGAACUAAUGAUGCUUGUCUACUUGCACCAUGUUACAAUGGUGGAAGUUGUCAAGCUCUCAUAACAUCAAGUAUAUCCAAAACACCUGCACAUUCUGGUUUAGCUGCUUAUCGUUGUAUUUGUCCAGCUGGUUUAUCUGGUUUACAUUGUGAAAUUGUACACCCGGAAAUUAUAUCACAAACUUCAUUGUUAAGUAAACCAUUAGAGAAAAGUGGUUCAACAAUUCAAUCUGGUAUUACUUGUCAUACAGCACAAUUAAUUCUACAACAGGAUAUAUUGAAUAAAAUACAACCGGUAACCAGUUCUAAUUUUCGUUAUGCCUUUUCGAUACCUUCAUCGAAUAUAAAUCAAGAUUCACGAGAAUUGGUUUGUUUACAUAAUGGUUCGUGUUUGGAUUCGUCUAGUGGUCCACAGUGUAUUUGUCCUUCAGGUUGGCAAGGAGCACGUUGUGAAUAUGAUGUUGAUGAAUGUCAAGUGGUGAAAAGUAUCUAUUCAAGUGAUUUACAUCAAUCACCACCCUAUAUCAAAUGGUUAGAAAACCGCGCCAGUUCUAAAGGAGGUUUAUGUAGUCCAUACAGUUCUGGACGAGGUGUAUGUUUUAACACUCCUGGUUCAUAUAAAUGCAAUUGUUCAGUCGGUUUUUCUGGUCAGCAUUGUCAAUCAAAGAAUUUGAUCCCGUUGAUUCCUGAUACCACCGUUCUUGGACUCAAUCAAUUUCAUAUUUAUAUCACCGUUGGCCUUUUAGCAUUUCUUUUUCUGGCUGCAUUGGCUACAAUAGUAUUGCUGGCGUGUCGAGCUCGCGGUAUGAUUGGUGGAACAUUGGAUGGAAAUCGACGAUCUGUUAAAUCAGUCAGUUCAUAUUGGCCUAAUGGGGGAAUCAACAAACGAAACCUACAUCUCGUUUAUCAGACUCUCGAUUAAAUCAUUUAAGUCAUUCUGCUGGUGGAAGUUUAUCUGGUAUACCAUUUGUUGCUGCUAGUCCAGCACAUUUAAAUCAUGCUAGUCAUAUUGGUACACAUCCUAGGUAUCAUAUGAUAUCUACAAGUCAUCGUCGCCCCUCUCUAGCCUCGACGACGUUCGGUUAUCCAGUCGCAAUGGAUGAAAGUGCAACCGCUCUACUGAACAGCAACUCGGGACAAAUGCCAUUUUCUUCAGAAUCCGUCAAACUUGGUGGAAAUUGUAAUGCCGGUGCCACGUUGGCAGACUUUGGGGAUCGUGACGAUUCUGUUUCUGCCUGUAAUUCUGGAUUAGUGCUGUAUCCAACUGGCGUUAAAGAUCAAAUCCCAGUGAUGAUGAUGCUUUCUCCCCUUCCUGGUGCACAUGGAUCAGUGGGCCCUGGUAACCGAGCUAGUGUAAUUGCACGCUACUCACCUGCUUCUUCAGUUAUCUUCUAUGGGCCAGGUGUUCCCUCUGGUUCUGCAACGCCUACAAAUCAGAUCCAUUCCCCUCAACCAGGUUUUUGUGUCGAUUCGUCAGGUUCCGGCUAUAUUUCUCAACGUCAAUGCUUCACUGGUUCUCAGGUAGCCGUGUAUCCAUCAGGACAUCCUGCAUUUUUACCUCAUCCUCAGUCUCACCAACAGCUUAUUCAAAUGGUCAACAUGCGUCCGAAUUCUGUAGUAGGUUCUGAUCGUUUAUCUCUUGGUUCAGGUAGUGACCGAUUUUCUGCUCAUAGUAGCCAGGUUCUAGUGCAACCUAACUGUACUGGUCCUAUGCCUUACCCGAAUUGUCCUCAGUCUCAAGCUUUAACACCUCAGUUAUACUACCAUCAACCAUCAACACCUCAAAACCAAACAUGGACACCACAUUUAUCAAAUACAGGGCACAAUCAACCUGGUUUGUUGAUUAUAAAUCAAAAUCAUGAUGAUUCUAACUUGGAAGAUGCAUGUAUGACACUAAAACCCCAGAGUACUGACACUGUCAAAGCUGUUGAUGUAAACAAAGUCCAAUCGCCUAUGAAAAGUCAGUCAACUUGUGAUAACCAAACACCUGAACCAACCAGCAAUAAUAACCGGAAGGAACUCAACCAACGACCAGUUCCUGCCAGCAUCCAGCAUACUACAAGUGCAUUUGUUUUACAAGGGCGACAAUAUUCUGGGAGGCAACAAAAUAAUCAUGCUUUCAAUUUAUUGCAUGCUCUAUAUCCAUGUUGUCCUCAAUCACACCCUAUUUCCAAUGCAUGUUUUAAUCAAAAUUCAAAUCAUAUUUGCGGAAUAGCUGAUCGAACAGCGUGCACAGGAUAUGCAUUUAACAAUUUUCAUCCUUUUGGUAUACACCAAGCAAUUCCUGUCAUUCAGAAUACACCCAUUUUACCAUUCAUGUUUUCGCGUCAGUCGGUCAAUUUAGAUUCUAUGCCUGCUUAUCCACCGAUUCCAGAAAAUGCAUCGACUAUUGAAAGGGAUGUACUAAAUUCGGAAUCAUUAUUUCACCUUCCAGAUUCAUGCCCUGUUUUAAACGAUGAUAGUUCCCAACUGGAAUCUAUGCGCUGGCCUUCCACUCAGAAUAGUACCUUAUUAAUCCGUGACUCACUUGGUGGCUAUCAUCAAUCAUCAUUUUCAGUGAUACCGAAUUCCAAAGACCGACACUUAUAGGUGCUUCAUCACGUGGAUUCCAUCACCGCCCGACACUGGAUAAAAGAACUAUUGGUGUCGCUUCUCGUCGUACACGCCAACCUCGAAAAAUUAUGAAAUUUAGCACAAUCGAACUGCCUCCACCAGCAUCUAGGCCACAAUCAGCUCAUUUACUUGGCUUGCAUGUAACCUCGAAGUCAGGAAAUGGAUAUAUUACAAAUCCAAAAUCAGGUUUGUUUCAACAGCAUCAGUGUGCCCUCCAAGCAUCUCAUCGUUAUUUUGUGUGUAUAUGUGUGCUUAGAUGUGCAAUAUAUUGCUUUCACCUAUAGUGCUUGCUUUCUGUUGCUACAACUCUUUUUCAAAUCUAUCGCUUACUUAAAUUUUUUUCUCUUGAAGAAGCCCAUUCUAAUUCUGGAAUACGAAAUACUAUUAUUGUGGAGACAAAUGGUUGUGUAAACGGUUCACGGGUAGUGGGUGAUCCUAGCCCUUCUCCUACACAUUUAUCAA